UCCUGAAAGAUUGACAGCUCGCAGCGCUCCGCUCCGGUAGAAGAAGACAACUCCCGCGGAGGAACAACCACUACGCACCUUCACAGAAUCACUUCCCCCUGUUUUCUCGGAUUUCACCGUGUACUUUCACACAAGUUUAUCGGCGGGCUGCUCGGUUUGGACCGCAUGAGGACGUGCAGGGUAUGAACGCGGCGCGGACGCCUCAAACAAAGUAGAAGAGGAGGCAGAGCUGUGCGCUCGAUGGCUGCGGGGGAUGGAGCCCUGCCGGCCACCGUAGCGGCCAGCCGGAGCGUGGAGAAGGCGCUGGAGGAGGCUGCGGCGAGCGGGGCGCUCAACUUGGCCACCCGCAAACUGAAGGAGUUUCCCCGCAGCGCCCGCAACUACGACCUGUCCGACAUCACUCACGCAGACCUGUCUAAGAACCGUAUCUGUGAGUUGCCGGAGGAGCUCUGUCAGUUCAUCUCUCUGGAGACACUGAGCCUUUACCACAAUGGGAUGCGUUCGUUGUCCCCCAGCCUGGGCAACCUCCAGGCUCUCACCUACCUCAACCUCAGUCGUAAUCUCCUGUCCAGUUUACCCCCGUCGGUGUUUCAGCUUCCUCUCCUGCGAGUGCUCAUCGUCAGCAACAACAAGCUGUCUUCGCUGCCCGCCUCCAUACACUCCCUCACACACCUCCGCCAGCUGGAUAUAAGCUGCAAUGAGCUGCAGUGUUUGCCUGCAGAACUCGGUCAGCUGGAGUGUCUGAGGGACUUAAACCUGAGGAGGAACCAGCUCACCACACUGCCUGAAGAAAUAUCCGAGCUCCCUCUCGUCCGGCUCGAUGUGUCCUGCAACCGCAUUUCCCACGUGCCCCUGUGCUACCGCCACCUGCGACAUCUCCAGAGCAUUAUGCUUGACAACAACCCGCUGCAAAUGCCGCCUGCGCAGAUCUGCUCCAAGGGCAAAUACCACAUCUUCAAGUACCUCAACAUGGAGGCAUGCAAGAGGAGCCAGGAGGAGCUGGAGAGACACCUGAGACCCACUGGAUUCAACAGCUGCCUGUCAGACCAUGAGCUGUUCACAGGUCAGUUUGGUGGACUGGACUCUGGCUUCAACAGUGUGGAUAGCGGCAGCAAGAGAUGGUCUGGGAAUGAGUCAGCAGACGACUUCUCAGAGCGCUCCCUCCGCUUGGCUGAGGUCAGCAGAGACCAGAGGAACCUGGAGGAGGAGGAGGAAGAGGAGGAUGGAUCUCCUCAGGAAGCGAACAAAGCAGUGAACGGCGAGGCUGAGCAGGUGGACUUCAUCGACAGCAGUGUAACGGAGGAAGAGGAGGAGGAGGAGAACAGGCCGGAUCCACGCACACCUCCUCUGGACCAGAAGGAGAAAACGUCACCGUCUCAAACCCAGGACUCAACAACAUGCAGGUCCAGCCUCCACGUGGAGGUGGUCCCCCCGUCGUCGCCCUCCUCCUCUCCCCUAUCCCCCUCCAGCCCCACCCUGGAGGAACGCAGGAGGCCGGGAACCCUUCUCAUCUGGCAGGAGAGAGAGCGGCUGCAGCAGCAGAGAGAGAAAGCCAGUUUGCUGAAGCCAUCGACCAAAACAGGAAGUCACGUGGCCACGGCACCGCAGGCAGGAAGUAGUUCAGCUGGUACAUCUCCAGAGAACAGCAGCUCCCUUGCAGGCCUGCGGCAGAGAUGUGCAAGCGCUGAACAGAUGGGCACAUUGUCUCCGUCAGUACUUCUACAGCGCUCCAGCAGUAGACCAGAUGUCUUGCCCUCCCCGAAGACGUCUCCUCCACCGGGUCAGACCCAUAAACCCAACAGCUUCCUGUUCCGCACCUCCUCCCGGAGCAAUGUCAAACCCACAGGCUCCAUCUUUACUCUGGGCGAGUCCGGCAGAAGUGAGUCUCGCACGACGCUGCGUUCUCCUAAAGAGGAUAGACAAGACAUCACACAUCUACGCAAGACUGUGGAGUCUCGGCUGAAGAUCAAUUUGCCUGAGGAUCUGGGUGAGGCCUUAUCCAACGGCACCAUCCUCUGCCAGCUGGUUAACCAGAUUCGACCACGCUCCGUAUCAAUCAUCCACAUUCCCUCCCCAGCAGUGCCAAAACUUAGUUCAGCAAAGAGUCGACUCAACGUGGAAAACUUCAUCACUGCUUGUCGCAAGCUGGGAGUUCCUGAGACCGAUGUGUGUGCAUACUCUGAUGUGCUUCUAUGUAAGCUGCCCGUUGUGCUGCGCUGUGUGGCAGCCCUGCUGGCCGCGGACGGGGGUGGAAUGGCGGAGGACCACUCCCCUUGCCACUCCUCGCCUUCGUCUUCAUCGCCCUCGUCCUCGUCUUCGUCACUGCUGUCCACAGAUUUCCUGCUCUUCUACUGUGCGGUCAUGGCCCUGCUCUACGUCUUCUACUGCUACCUUCUCACCUAGAGGAGACACACACAAAACAAAGUACUUGCAUAGUCACAGCUCUACACACAUAGUGAACACACACAUACAUGGAAAUUGAAAUGUGUGGGGCAGUCACAGUUGCUAUGUGUGAGGCCAACACACAGCCGCUCUCCCAGCUGUCAUCUCAGACAAUACGCCGCACUGUGUGUGUGUGGAUCUGAGAGUGUGUGUGUCUUUUCAGUUUACAUACUCCCUGUGACUGUAGAGCAGAUGUCUUCAGUCCUGAGAGUGUGUGUUGGGAUGUUGGAGCCAUAUAGAGCAUGCCGCAGAGCACCUUUUAAUAGAAUAUACUACACACAGCUCCAUUUCAACCUUUUAAGGAAUAGAAAGCACUAAUGUGAUGGACAGAUACUGUACGAGAGUAGAUGAGCAGUGAAAUGCCUUAGCCUAGAUUAGCCUUCACUCAGUAACACUGUAAAACUGAGGUAGAUGUGCUCAGAGGCAAAAAGGAUCUCAGUGGUCGGGACAGGAAUAGGCAGAGUGAAGGAAGCACAAGCAUUUACACAGAACGCCUUUAAUGCAUCUUACCAAUGCCCCCUAUUAGAUAAGCAGCAGAUACAGUAUAUAACCUGAUCAGGGCCAAAUCAUUCCCAGUCCAUAUUGGAAGAUCAUCCUCCACAACUUAAAAUGUUGCACAAUAUCCACAACAACACAUGGAGACAUUCAAGUUAGUUUAGUUAAUGUUGAAGUCAGAGCCCUCAAACAAGCACAAGCUCUUUACUUUGGCGCAGUCCAAAGCUGUUGUUGACAUCAGAUCUAAGAUGUGUUGUCAAUGCUACCUGUGUAUGUUCACACCUCAACUUAAACUGUCCACGUUAAUCCUACGUCAUACACUGACACAAACAACCAAAUUCCAACAAAUGCAGCAGCCAUCGAGCACAUAUGGAUCCAUAGUUAACUUUUAUAGCUGCAUUAAUUAUUAUAACUAGCAGGCAAUAGAGCAAGAUGCAUUAACACAACCUGUGACCCAUCACCUUAAAAAACUGACACGUCACACCACACAGAGAAACUUACACAUUCAUAUGGAGCCAGUCUAACAUCUGCUGUAAACAUCUGCCCGCGGCCGUGAGACUGAACCACUUGGGUGAAGUUGUUUGCAAUGUGCUAAAGGCUUAAUGCUUAAAUUCACUUUUUCAAAUUCCCACAAUCAUUUCAUCCCUUGCUAAUGUAAGAAAUAUUGAUAAGCGCUGUUUUGUGGCUCAACACAGUUGUUGCGUUGUGUAAAAGGUGUUUUUUAUUCAAACUGCAGUUUGUUAAAACUUGGGUUUGACUUUCAAAGCCUGUUCUAUCAGAUAAGAUAACAUCCUACUUACAAACCUAAUUGCUGAGUUCUGGGCUCGUGGCAGAAUCAUUAACCAAACGCAGGCAGUCGGACCAGCGUGUAGAACAGAGUUUGGAAACAGUGACACAUCACAGGAUGCAUCAGUAGCUUAUCUAAAAGCUCCUGGUUCUAGUCAGUACUGACAGAACUGACCACAUAUCACAGAAAAGUGUGGACGGCUGGAUAGAUUUUUUUGAAUUUUGUAUUCUUCCACAUCACAAGACUGUUGUUCAUCAGCUUUGCUCACCAAACCACUGAGAUCCCUUCUGCCCAGUUACAGCCUAAACUCCAGUCCGCAUGUUUGUAGGCGUUCUACUCGUCCUGCAAGAGCAGCUGUUCAAGAAACCUGUUGAAGACUGAAUAGUGAAUGUGAUUUUUUUUUUUUUUUCAUUUUAUGUUUUGCAUCGAGGCAGGUGCAGGUUAGUUCAAAUGGACCGUGGAUGUUUAGUAAUGUUAUAUCUCACGCUGCAAUGGGACAGUGAGACAAAUGAUACAGUGCCUCUUACUGAAUGAACACUGACCACUUGCAGAGUGUACUUGUGUCUGCUAUGUUAACUGUGAGCAGCAGGGGGCAAUGUCGCUUCAUCAACCCUGCCCAAAGCUUCAUGCAUCCUACCAGACGGUACAAACCCCCCCCAAACCCCCCCUCCAGGAUGCUGCGUGCAUGUUAAAUAUAUUUUGUGGUUGUCGCUGGUCCGUUUGACCAGCUGAUUUCAUAUGUGUAUAAAUGUAAACAGGUGAUUAAAUUAUUGCUUUUUUAUUUAUUUUUUCCUUAACUUUUUCUAUUGGUUAAAUUUGUCUCCGGUGAAUAAGCAAGUGCGUCGCUAAUUUGGGUUCAGUCUGUACGCCAAUGGUUCUUCAAGCCUCUUAAAGCUUCGUUGAAAUAAGUUUUAGUUAUAAAUCACACACACAAAGGUUAAUUAGAAGUAAUCAAUAUUCAAUUAUUCAGAGUUAAAAUAAUAGUGAUUGUUUAAAAGUUGUUUGCCUUUCGUUUGAUUGGUAAAUAAUUGAUUCCCGAGAGGUUCGGACACAUUUCACAGAGCGUUAAAUAACCUGCGCUAAUUCGGCCACAUGCUGUGUUGCUCAUGGCUGGGCAACUACACUCAGAUUGUAAUCUGAUUACUGCUCUCCUUUGACUGAUGUGGGCUUCAGAAGAUGAUUAUGUAAAUAAGCGCGAGAUCGUUAAGGUUCAAGUUGUUAAAGCGAGUCUAAACUGAGUCGUCGUAAAAAGUGAAGUAAAUAAUAUAUUGAAGGGUUUUCUUCUGGAGCUGUUUGUGUGUGAGAGAGCAACAUCACUAUAUCAGCCCACCUGUCUCCCGGUUUUCUUUCAAGACUGAUUGGUUUAAAAUAUGGAGCCCCAACGUGUUUAAUAUAUAUUCAUAAUAUUUAAGUAAAUGAUUAUUUGAUUGAAUGAUUUUGAUAAUCUGACAAACUAAGAAUAUAUUCAGACUAAAGUCGUUCUUGUAUAAAUCUCAGAUUAUUUUUGUUUUCAUAAUGACUGAAUUGGACUGAUUCUUGCAGCCAACUGAUGUCUUAUCUUCCUUGAAGACGUCCAUGUCCUGGGGGGGGAAAUCCACACCUUUUCUCAAACCCCUGACUCCUUCAUGCAUUACUGAAGUCAUUGUCACUGUCUCGAACUUCCUGACAUUCUUUCCCUGCACUUGAAGCCCAAAACGUCCAAGUGAAUUUCUGAUGGUAGCUGGUCCUUACCCCCUGAUUUGACCCAUCGAACAAUGUUAUCAGAAGGAGCAGGACUGGACGUUUUUUCAUUCAAAGACAGGGAUCUAGUCAGUGCACUAAAUUACAUGCUCCUGAAGGCAACCCACAUUAUCCAGUCUCUCUUUUUAAGCUUGAGAGACAACGUCGUCCUGAAAUAACAAACUCGCUGUAUCAGUAAAUAAUCACAGUGCACAAAAACAGUAGAUAACCUCUUUUAUUUAGAUCAAUAAUGCUUCACAUGCUAGUGAGGCAGUCUUGUUACUCAGUAGGACAAUGGAAGUCAGCAUUUGUUGGCUUAAGGUCCAAAGAGAAAAUCGUUUUUUAUUAUUGUGUCUUUUCUUGAAGAAAGAGGUAAAUCUGGAGUAAUUCACCAAGCGUGCAAACCCAAUGCAACUGGUUGGAUGGUGAUCUGUAGGUAGCAUGUCCAUCUUUGUUAAGCUGCGUCAAAACUGAGAACAGUUAACUCACUAAAUUCACUAUGAUUGACUAUUGAUUCAGAUAACAGGAGCUAAUUGGCUAAUUUAUGUAGCAGUUUCUGAGCUUACAUGCUUAAAGGCCCCAAUGAAAUAAAAGACACAACCUUUUCAGUCCUGUGAUAUUAGUUAAUUGUUAAUUUCUCUCUUAUUUGCCUAAUAUGGAGGAAAAAUAUAAUAUCGCAUUUAACAUCAAAUUCUGCCUGUUUUGUAAGUGGUGACAAAGGACUUACUUUUGAAGACUUCAGUAGUUGUAUAAAAAAUUUAAUGUGACAAUAUAAAAAAUAAUUGAACUAGCAUUUCGUGAAGGUUCCUUUAUUUAUAAGUGUAUAUAUAUAUAUAUAUAUAUAUUUCAAUUUAUUUGUUUAUUUAUUUAAUAUUGAACAUGCUGGGGCCCCAGAUUUACAAAAGACUUCCUGUUGAAAUUUAAAUAUCCUUUUGUUUCUUGAUUCACUCAUUUAAUAUCCUUUACAGCACUAUUUUUUUCCACCGUCCAUUUCAUGUUCACAUCUCUGCUGUCUCAAGGUCAGAAUGUCCACUGUAAAAACUUCCCUUCCUGUGUCUGAGGUUUUUUUUUACUCUGCUGUUUAGAUGAAUUUAUACUGUUUCAAUUCAAAUGUAUAUUUUAUAAAUGAAACUGACUAAGCAGCACACAGUAACUCAUUCACUGGCUUAGACCAAGCUAUAUUCUUAAAUAUGUUAGGGAAACAGAAAUACUGUUGUGUUUUAUAUUUAUAUGAUACUCUUGUAUAAUUGAGAAACUUUUUUGAGUUUAUAUAAAUCUAUAUGUAAAGGUUUCUUUUUUUGUUCAUCCCGCUGUAAAGAAAUUAUUAAAACUAAAAACUUUGACCAUAUGCUGUUUCUCUGCUUGCUCGCUGUCUUGCUUUUGCAUAAUCUGCCAGAAACUGUUAUGUGUGAUCAGGGUAUCUGCAGCUGCCUGAACAUCCUAGUUUGACAACAGAAAAAAUCUAAACGUGGGAGAUUAAAAGUGGCAGUAUUCGAUAUUUUUGUUCCUGUCGUCAAAUCCCAUGAGCCAAGCCAACAAUGAAUGCAUCACACUGACGAGUAUUCUCUGUGCUCGGGCUUCUUUGUUGUCCUGCUGCUCACCACACCCACCAGAGCACCAAAUGUAGAUUCAGCCGACGCUUAAUAUAGUUUCAAACUCCAGUGUCCUCUUGAAUUUGGAAAUUACUCAUGCUAUAUAUUUGUCGUAUUUCUUUCAAACAUUUCUUUCACGUUUAUAUGAUGUUUUCUCGUAUGACAUCUGCGUUGCUUCGUUGUGGAACCAACGCAUGUGUUAUGACAUUGGGAAACCCCUGUUCCGAGUCCUGAUUGAUUUUCAACUAAUUACAAAGAAAAGGAAGUUAUAAUGUUGGAAAUGGCAGAAAAAGUUGAAAUAGGACUUUCAGUUAUUACUGGAGCACAAAGAGCACACCUUCUCUUCAUCAAGGACUUCAAUCAAAGCUCUGCUGGAAGUCCUUGGGGAGCAGAAACCUCACAGGUUUUUAUUUUUGUUUUCUUUCUAACUCCGGGAUCCAUCGUUCAAAUGUGUGGUAUCCCCUACCCAAGCUUAUCUCACAACUAAAAUCUAAUUCAGUGUGAUUCAUGAAAAGUUUUGUCAGACUCAGACAAUAAAAGGAUGAGACCUAGAUGUUGGCUUGGCUAAUAUAUGACUGGUUAACUUCCCCACCGUCUUACAUGGGAAUUUGUUGACAAAAAUAUGUGCUUAGUGCCACGUUUACCACUUUGCUUAUCAAUAACUAGUGGAUUUGGUCCUGAUUGGUCUAAAGGCUUGAAUGUGGCAAUGCAGAUAUCCUGAUGUAACUCCUCUAUGCCCUGUGCUUUAAUCUGGUCCGAAGCUCCUCUGUGCUCUGUCGACAGGAGGUUUACCAUCAUAAAUUCCAGCUGGCCCAUGUCGGAGCAGGAUUCAUUGUGUUCCCCUCAGCUCAUCAGGGAGGAUGAAGGGCUGAGUCGGCUGGCCCAGACCAUCCAGGCGUUGGUCGACCUGGCUCCAUGACAGGAGGGAUUUAACAGCAUAAUCCCAAAGAGAUCCACCUUUUGUUUUUAAUUUGCUUCAUAUUGUAUUUACAGUUCCGCAUGAUGUGUCCAUCUUCCAUACAUCAAAACAUGGAUGGGGUUCAAAUAAAAUUGUAAAUGAUUUAA